UUUUUUUUUUUUAAUUAAGGUUAUUUCGAGCUUUCAUGAAAUUGAUUGGUUAUUUCGGUUUGAACCGAACCGAAUCGAUUUUUAUCGGUUAGGUUCGGUUCGGUUAUACUUUCAUAAUCGAUUUUUUCGGUUUUAAAAAUUUUAACAAAUCGGUUUUUGGUUUUUUCGGUUCGGAUCGGUUUUCGGUUUUUUCGGUUCGAUUCGGUUCGGAACCGAACCGACCGAUUGCACAGCCCUAAUUAGGCAUCUAAAUGGGCUGAAAAGCUUUUAUUGGGCUAUAAAUGAGCUUAUAUAUUGGGCUUUUGUGCGCUGAUAGGUCUAAUACAUUUUAAUCUUAGAUUUUAUGGCAGACUUGGAGUGGGUCUAAUUUUUGCUGUCGAUGUCCGUUGAAAGCCCACUACAACUUUUCGGAAAGGGAAUUUCGAGAUGCACGACUUUUAAAAGUGUGACUAGAAUCGUAAGCUUGUUACAAAGUUCGAGACAAAAAUUCUAUCGUUUAAGGGGUCAAUUUUGCAUUUUUAUAAAUUUUUUAAAAUUUUUUCACAAUUUUUCAUAUUAAGAUUUUUGUUAUUAUAAAUAACCAUUUUCUUGACUAUUUGACACGUUUUUUAAUUUUCAAGAAUUCAAUAAAAGUUUUUGGCUUCUACCCUUUCAUUUCUAAAUUUUGUCCUAAUGAAACGUUAUUGGUUAAAACUCUUGACGGAGUCUAAUUAGUCCAAUUUCAUAUUGGUAUCAGAGCGAAGUUUAUCCAUGGUCGACAACUAAGAGGUACGACUCGCUGCAAUUAAGACAUCCUUGGCAGAAUUGAGGGAGAUGAUUGGACAACUAGCCCUACAAUAGAGUAACAACCAACCCACCGCAACCGAAUGCCCAUAACCAGUUCCAAAUCCUGUGGUUGCAAAUCUUAUGGCCGCAAAUCCCUAACAAGAUUAUCACGAAGGUUACAAGAUAAAAAUAGACUUUCAAAACUUUUCUGAUUCGUUGGAUGUAGAAUCUGUCCUUGAUUGGUUUGCAGAGGUUGAUUAGUUCUUUGAAAUUAUGAACGUGGAAGAGGAUUGAAAGGUUUCGAUUGUGGCUUAUAAAUUUAAAGGCGGUGCAGCAGCAUGGUGGAAUUUUGUUCAAAACGAACGCUACGCAAAAGGCUGAAACCUAUACGAAACUGGCUAUUGAUGAAGCAGAUGAUUGAACAACGAUUCUUGCCUAGUGAUCACGCUCAAGUUUUGUAUAACCGGUAUCAUGAUUGUCUUCAAGGGAGUUGAAGGGUGGAUGAAUAUAUAGAGGAGUUUUUGAGGUUACAGGCGAAGUAUGAAAACUGUGAGAACGAAGCCCAACAGGUUGCUUAUUAUCAGAGAGGCCUGAAUCACGAAAUUCGCUAUAUGAUGGAAAUAGCUGCGAUUUUCACUUUGGCAGAUACCAUUGAGAUGGCAAAAAGAGCGGAAGAACGUGUUGAUUGGCAGCCUCAACAUCAAUCUAAUUAGAGUUUUAAUUAUAUAAAUUCUAGUUUGAUAGGAACUCAGCAGUAUAGAUGCAAUUGCAGCGGACAUUCUUCUAGGGUUGUAAAUUCUGACAAUCCUCAUAAUACUGUGGAAAAAAGGAGAGACAGUAAGGGAAAAGCAGUAGCCACUACAACAGACAAAGGAGGCAAAACCAAUCCUUAUCAGAAACCAACGGGAGACAUAAGUUAUCGUUGCAGGUAACCUGGUUAUCGAUCGAAUAAUUGUCCAGAACGCGAAGGAGUUAAGAAUGAUCUCCGACAAGUUAAUGUGGUUGAGCAGGUGGUUGAAUCUGAGGAGAAAGAGGAUGACAAUGAUGGGUCUAAUUGCUGGUUCUAAAGAUGGAGAGGUCACCUAUGUGGUGAAGAAAAUCCUAUGCUCGACGAAACAGGAGGAUGAGACGCAAAGGAGGAAGAUUUUCCAGGCAAAGUGUGGAGUGGGAGAAGCGAUUUGAUGCUAAUUAUCGAUUGUUGCAGUUGUGAGAAUCUGGUAGCUAAGCAAUUGGUGGAUAAGCUGCAGUUGCCUACACAGCAUCACCCAUCGCCAUACAAGGUUGGGUGGAUUAAGAAAGGUCCCGCAAUUGAAUUCAACAGAAUCUGCAGCGUGCCUAUUUCGAUCGGUAAAUCUUACACUGAAUAUAUUAAUUGCGAUGUUGUGGAUAUGGAUUGCUGUGGAUUUUUAUUAGGUCGACCUUGGCAGUUUGAUAUUGAUUUAUUGCAUAAGGGGAAAGCGAAUUCAUACAUGUUUAUAUGGAAUCAGAACAAGAUUACCAUUUUGCCUUCUGGUUCAGCAAAACAUUCUAAAGUGGAAGAGAAAACUAUUGUUGUUGUUUCUACAGGGUGCAAAGAAAAUAGGUGUAAAGAGACAAUCUGGUGAAAAUGCUCUUAAAACUGCCAAAUAUGGAAAGUGC